AUGACGCGCCCCGUAUGCGACCUUUGUCUCCCUAAGGGAGUGCGUUGGGCACCCCAGGCUAGCGUCCUCUGUAUCACCAACCUGACUAGAAUAUAUUUCUACUCUUCCCCUCUUCAUGCACUCCUGCAGUUAUUACAAGCUGUUUUCCGAAUCUACUGUACUGAACUAGUUAGUUAUCGAGAGUUGUCGUGCUUAGAUAAGGAGCCUGGAUGGCGGGGCCUGUGCGGCGUCUCCGCCGCCAACACGCCGGCGGCCAGGCUGGGCCACUCCCCGGAGCCUGAGCCACCGCCAACGCCCUCGUCGGAGUCGGCCUCCUCGUACGACCACGACGACUCCCUAGACGACAACGACAGCAGCGACGAUUGGCAGCCCGACAUCCCGGACGCCGUCGCUCCCAGCACGUCUUCCAGCAUGGCCUCAAGUCGUUCUCUCCGUUCUCGCGCGGCCACAGCCAAAGCGUCCACCCAACAGACUGCUAACAUGGCGUCAAGGUCCAGCAGACUCACGCGCGGAGUCACAGCUUCUGCGUCAGUGACAGUCUCACGGUCCUCAGCAAACUCAGAGGAAUCGAAAAGGUCCAUCCACUUAACUGUGAAGAUGCCCUCGAGCAAGUUGCGCGAGGUCACCAACAGCAGCGGUCGUGGUACGACCUCAUCCGGCAGACGGUCGGUGAACGUUUUCACUGAGAACCCCAUCGUCACAGGUCCUCGCAGCAGUAGGUCGAAGAAAAAGCUCGUCGAGGUGAACACCAGCGACGACGACUUAGAGGAAGAAGAAGAAGUGGGCGACUCUGAAGAUGCCCCGGGUGAAGAAGACGACAACCUCGAUGCGGAUGGUGACGCCGACAUGGACGAUACUCCUCAGCCAGCCUCCAAGAAACAGAACAAAUCCGCCACGUCGUCAAAGGGAAAGCCUGUGAAAGGCGUAGAGGAAAAGGAAAUGGAGCUCGCGCAAGAUGACGACGAUGACGAGGAACUGUCCGAGCUGGAUUCCGAUGCAGAGGGCGAGCCCGAUGAAACCGGCAUCCAAGACGAUGAGACAGGGGAAGGCGGGGGCGAAGACGAUGAGGAGCUUGAAGAAGAUGAAGAUGAAGACGAGGAAGACGAUGACGAUGACAGCGAUGAGGCAACACCGGCCACUGGAAGCCGAGGGAGCACUCCAGACCUCAGCAGGCUAACCAAACGGCAACGAGGUUCGCUGGGUGAUGAUUACUUGCAGCUACCAAUGGAACCGCAAGUGAAAAAGCACCUGACUGCGGAGGAGUAUGCCAUGCGACGUGCGGAGAUGGCCCGGCGAAGGAAGAACCUGAGCGAAAAGCGGAAUGAAGAAGAAAAGAUGGACACAAUCAACAGACUGCUGAAAAAGCAGGCUCCCAAACGGCGUGGUCGCGCGGCCGCCGCUGAGGCUGCGGCUGAAGCGACGCCAGACGUUCCUCCGGAGCCGCAGAGGCCAAAUCCGACGAUGAUCCGCUGGGUGAGCAGUCGCGACUCGUGUAAAGUGGCGGUCCCCGAAGAGUUAGUCGGAACACCGGCUGCCCGGGUGUUUGGAGAGGCGCCGAGUAACGGAAACCGCAAGCUCGUCGAGGAAGUUUGA